AUGAGUUCACUCAUAGAUCAACAUUGUGCUACAAUCCAGGAGAAAGGUGCAACAAUGACUGCUGAUCAGAUGAAGCCGUUGCUUGACGCAUUCAUUUCCGAACUACAAAAGAAAAACGCUACUAUUACGAUGAUCAAGUCGACCGAACUAAUUGUUGCUACACUGGUUAAUCUUUCCAAUAACAGUCAACAGGUUAGUGAAACUGGCCUUGUUGCACAUCCUUUAUUAAGUUUUUUACGUGAUGACGUGCUUCUCAAGUUACUAUAUCAACGGCAUGAUAAUAAUCUUGCGAAUGAUCUAUUAGUUAACCUCUCGAUGUUCUACGCAAAUAUUUGUCGACACAAUAACAAGAAGAAUGAUUUCGUACUGAAUCAACUUUUAAUGAAUGAACCAUUGAUCAAGGAACUUACUUCUUGUUUGAAUGAAAUUAGUGAACAUGGAAAACAUUUACAUAAUACCGAUUUUCUUAAAGUUCUUCGAUAUCUACUCUUUGCAUUAUGUCGUCUUGAGAAAAGACGUGAAACGACCGACCAACUCGUCAUGACUGCACCGCUAUUUUCAGCUAGUAUACAGUGUCUGUGUUCUACAUAUACUAUCGAAACACUGACAGAAUUAGAACAAAAUUUUUCGCAAAAAUUGACAGAUAGACAAAUGCUACUAUUAUCGGAUUGUUCUGCAUUCGUUCGGCGUUUCUCAGGCGAACGUAAUCAAAAGCAAAUUAUGGAAGUUCCGCAAGCCUUGUUGAAUUCCUUUACCACAUGGGCUAUUCAUUGUGAUCCCAAUUCAAUCGGUCAAUGUUCGGAAGAAAUGGUUGAACUGCUUCGUCAUCUCGAUGCUAUUCUCGUCCGUCCGAUUGAAUCGGAAACGAUAGAAAUAUUGAAUCAGGAAUUUUACGACCGCUAUUGUCAAUUAGUUUCACAUUGGUCAUCCUUCUUAUCACCAUUAUUUCAACACUCCUCGAAUAAGUCGAAUUUUACAUCAAUUACAAGAUUUAUUGUACGUGAUUUGUAUAAUUUCACACUCUAUCCUAGUAUACUCGAUUUCAUGAGAACUAUAGCUUGUUUAAUACCAAUGUUACUUAAAUUAGGUGAUGUUCAACAAGAUGAAACUCAAUUAAAUGCUUAUCGUUGUUUGGGAAAGGUCAUGACCGAAGAAGAUAUCAGAAAAAUGACUAAUCCAGGUCAAAUAGCGGUAAUCUACGUUAAAUUUAUUAUCGAUGCCAUUGAUAACCCGAAGAAGAAAACUCGAUUUUGUAGUUUAUUGGAGAGUUUGAAAAAUUGGGUUCAACAUGAUCAAGUCAAAGUUGAUCUUAUCAAUCAAAAGAUUCUUCCUCUUCUCGUUCGUACCAUCAUGGAAACGAAAUUUGAUCUUAUGGAUGUACAAAAAUCAGCUUUAGAAAUUCUUCUUGCUCUUUGCUUCAAUAAGAAUGCAGUUUUAUACUUGAAAGAAAACGAAAGCUUUAUAAAACAUAUUCGAAAACUAUCAACGGACACAAAUUCAAGCCUCCAACGGGCUGCUGAGGGUCUUCUAUGGAAAUUAGAAAAAGAAACAGAAGCUGUGACAAAAUCUUCAACAAAGCGUUCCUAUCAAUACGAUAUCAUGAUCAGUUAUUCACAUAGUGAUAAACAAUUAUGUCAUUCCAUACAUGAAAGACUUUCUCGAGAUGGAUUCCGUGUUUGGAUCGAUCGAGAUCAAAUGCACGGAUCUACAAUGAUGGCAAUGGCAGAGGCGAUUGAAAAUUCAGAUAUUAUUCUUAUUUGUAUGUCCGAUGCAUACAAACAGAGUGUUUACUGUCAGUCUGAAGCUCAUUAUGCAUUUGAAAAACAACGUUACCUCAUUCCAUUAGUUGUGAAAUUACGCUAUAAACCAGAUGGCUGGUUAGGAAUUAUUGUUAGUGGCAAGCUGUACGUUGAUUUUGCUAAAAGCGAAUUUAAUUUAGGGUACGAAAGAUUAAAAACGGAAAUUCAACAGUAUCGUCAAAAAAAUGCAACUUCAUCGAUGGAAAAAACGAAAGAGAUCCAACACCAUAACGAACUGUCAUCAGUCGUCAAGAUGGAUCGGGAAAUGUUACCAAUGACUGAAAAUAUUCUUUGUAUCAAUCUACCACACUGUAUCCUACAAUGGACUAAUGAACACGUCAAGUCAUUUUUCAUCUCUAUCGGACUAAAAAAUACUUUGUUUAUAAUCUGUAUGAAACUCGAUGGUUAUCGUCUUCUUCAAUUGUACGAAAUGUGUAUGAUCAAUCGUGAAUCGAUGUUUCAAACAUUGAAAAGCGAACUGGGUGAACAACAUCAGAAAUCAUUACCAAUUGCUGAUUAUCUCACGUUUCUCCAUGAAAUUAAAAAAUAUGUACCAUUGCAUACAGUCAAAGCACGUCCGACAGCAACAACAAUACAAUCAGAUACUGUUUCAUCUGUCGCUUGCAAUGUUAUGUAA